GUUGACCUGUCGUUAGGGACCAACAACCACAUAAGAGUGCGAGCAAAUCCGAAGAACCCCGCUUCUGGUACCGUGUUGGCCUGUUAGAGGUGACCUGCGUGUGCCUCAGCCACCCUCCCAGCCCCCCACUGGAGAGACACGGCAGCUCAGAGGAAACAGAGGACUCACCUCUGCAGGUGGCCAGCCAGUGGAAGGUAUCAUUCAAACCUUUAAUUGUAGCUGAUGUCUUGUAGUAGACAACGCAAACCCCAUACUGCUAUAGACUAACAGUGCUAGCUGCAUCUAGUGUAGUGGAGCAGUACCACGUUCAGGCUUGGGUCAUUCUGAUCUGAGUUAAUUUACAGUUUAUUUUGAAUACACAGUAUACAUUCCACAUUUUCUUUCAAUUAAUGUGUAAUUACUGCUGCAUAAUUAUGUAUGAUUCGCAGAACUCAUCUGGAUACAUGUGAUUAUACAUAUGUCGAGAUCCAAGCUCAAAUAGUGCACUUCAGAAUAUGGUCUGACUGCUGAUGGAAUUGUCUAUCUAACCUUCCAACUGCACAGCAAUGAUAAGCUGAUAAGACACCUCCCACUCCCUAUCCCUCUCUCACUCUUGUUUAUGGCCUUGGGUAGAAAGGCUGGUGUCCUCCUGGCUCUAGGUCUGUGUAUUUAAACAGUCAGUGGUAUCACUUUACAAGGCCUCUGUACUUACUGGUGCAACAACUGCUUUUUUUUGCCCGGUGUGUGUGUCUGGUGGUUCUCAUGCAGCUAGUGUGGUGAGUAUCCAGUGUUACCUCUCCUGUAUGUGGCUCUUUCCCCCGCUGUGGGACGGUCAGCUCCAUAGGGCUCGUGGGACAGGACGAUGGAGCAGCAUGAGGAGGAGGGCCGCAGCUUCAUGCAGGUGAUCAGUGAGAAGUACAGUCCAGAGAACUUCCCGUACCGCCGAGGCCCUGGCAUGGGAGUGGUGGUAGUGCCCACUGGCCCGCAAGGAUCACCCAUGAAGGACCGGCUGAACCUCCCCAGUAUACUGGUGCUGAAUGGCUGUGGGAUGAGUCGUGCUGGAGAUCAAGGGGAGAUAGCUGCCUUCUGUGCCCAUGUGAUGGAGCUAGAUCUGUCCAACAACAAGCUCCGAGACUGGCAUGAGAUCAGUAAGAUUGUGUCCAACAUCCCACACCUGGACUUUCUCAACCUUAGCUCAAACCCCCUGAAUGAGGCUGUGCUGGAGCCCAGCUGUGCCGAGGCCUUUUCUCGUGUCCAUCGUCUUGUCCUUAACAAUACUCAAGUCUCCUGGAACACAGUGCACACCCUUACCCGAGAGAUCCCAGAGUUGGAGGAGCUGUUCCUGUGCCUUAAUGAGUACACCACUGUGUCACCCUCCACCGUGUCCUGCACGACACUCCGCCUGCUGCACAUCACCGACAACAACCUGCACGACUGGGACGAGGUGCGCAAGUUUGGGACCAUUUUCCCCUCGCUGGAUACUCUGGUCAUGGCCAACAACAACCUCAGCUCAAUUCCGGAUGCUGGAGACACACUGCGACGACUCUUCCCGAACUUACGCAGCAUCAAUCUGCACAACGCAGGUCUUCAGCAAUGGGAAGAUAUCGAGAAGCUCAACUUUUUCCCAAAACUUGAAGAAGUAAGAAUUAGAGGGAUACCUUUACUACAGAACUAUACGAAUACUGAACGCCGAAGCCUCAUGAUAGCACAUUUACCCACAGUGACCAACCUCAACGGAAGUGUGGUGACCGACAGCGAGCGAGAGGACGCCGAGAGGUUCUUCAUCCGUUAUUAUCUGAACCGCCCAUCAGGGGAGCAGCCGGACAGGUACCACUGCUUGGUGACCAAGUACGGGAAGCUGGAGCCAUUGGCCGAGAUUGACCUGCGGCCCAAAUUUCAUGCCAAGGUAGAAGUUCACUGUGAGGAAAAAGUGGAGCAGGUGAGCAUCCGGCUGGAUCAGACGGUGGCUGAGCUGAAGAAACAGCUGAAGACAGUGGUGCGGCUCUCCACCAACAACAUGCGCCUCUACUACAUAGACAAGGACCUGCACAGCCCCUUCGGACCAGAGGAGAUGACAUCAUACAGCACACGGGCCCUCUACUCCUACAGCAUCCGCGAUGGCGAUGAGAUUCUGGUGGUGCCCAAGACCAAAUAAGUGACCUGAGCACGGGAACAACUGUGUAACGUUCCCAAUCCCUCCACCUCCCGACCCCACUACACACCUUAAUCUAGUAAGACCUCUACCAACCUUAUUCCCACAGACACCAUCUAAGUCACAUUUGAUGUGAGCCACACUUUCAGGAAGAAAAAAAAACUGCCACCCCUUUGCUUGCUUCAGUUCUUGAAUGUGCAGGCCUCUCUGUCAGCUGCUGUCAACUAGAGUCUGAUAGCUGUAUGUAGCCCUGCACUGAACUGCACUGACAUGUGAGCGGACAUCUGUAUUCACAACUUUCCUUUUUCUUCUUUGAUCCUGUUUCUUUUUCUUUCUUUUUUUUCAAAGACAUGUCGUCUAUGGGCUAGUGCACAUAGAGGGCAUAGGGCCAUCAUCAAGGGCUCCCAGUGCAUUUGGAAACAAUCAUUUAGAGCUCAAACUGUUGCCUGUUUGACAGAUGGCCUGAACCCUAGACUGUUGCUUUCUUUGUUAUGCUGUGUUUUUUUUAAAUGUUUGAUGUGAAUGCAAAUAUUUAAAGAAAAGAUUUUUUUUUCUCUUAUUGAAGAGUUUCGUAAGGAUGUUUUAGCCUUACUUAUUAAAUUUACCACAUUUGGAGAGCCUUUAUUAAGAAUUUAUUAGAGUAACAUAUCGCCCAUUGUGAGGCUGCAAUGGUGGAAAGUGGACGUCAGUUCAGCUUAUUUGAGGUGGUUCAUGCAAGUGUUAAUGGAUAUUUGUGCUUAAUUCAAUCUCACAGCCCAAUACAAUUUAUGGAGAUUAUUAAACAGAAUGUUUGACGAAUAUUACUAAUAUUUUUGGUUUUCCAAGAGUAGAAAUAUAUUGAGUGCACCAUUAUUGACCAUGUAAAUUUCAAAUUCAACUUAUGUUUACAAAUUCUGUGUGCAACUUGAUUGUGGCCUGUGAGUUCUGGAAUCACAGCCUUGUGGAGACAGUUAUGGCUGAAUAACUGAACAUUCUUUUUUCUGUGUGAGACAGAACUGCACUGAUCUCAGCUUUUUUCCACCAAAGAUUCAGUUGCUGAUCCUUGGCAUGGUCAUGAUAUCGAUAAUAUUGUUGCUUUGUAUAACAGGCUCAUCGAUGCUUGGUGAUGUUGUUUAUUUUAACGACACUGGUCACAGAGGUCCUGCUACUUUAUCACACUAUUUAUUUGUUUGUUUGUAUUGCUGUUGUUUUGCAUUGUUCAGGCAAAAGUGUUAUGUAUACCAUUCAGAGAAUGUUUGGCUAUAAUCAAGACUAGAAAAUAUAUGGUCCCACAUAUUAAAUUCUAUGGGAAAUACAUAAUCCCAGUGUUAUUGCCCAGAGCAAAGACUAGAGAGGUGAGAUUUGUUGGUAAACUCUCUCAGGUUUGUGUCUGAAAUACACUGCACAUCCCAUGAUCACAGGAACAGUCCGUUUGAAAAUAACAACAUGUAUUGAAGUGAAUUUCAGUAUUUCACAUGCUAAUCAAUCAAUCACGUCAACAGUUUAAAACGUGAUUAAUGUUGAAUUGUUUUUCAGCUGUGUGGGGGUUUCCUGGAUGUCACAUUGCAUAACUGAUGUAAAAAGACAAGUUGUGAAGAUUUCAUACAUUAUGUUUCAUAAUUUACAGGCCACUACAUUGUUACAUUAUUAUGUUUAUGAUAUUUAACAACAAAGGUCAAGCUUUAGAGACUUAAUGUUUUAGGGCAAUGUGUACAUAACGGAAAUACUAUUUCUGAAAUAACCAGUGGUGUAUUAUUGCAUUUAUCCUGCAGCUAUUUCAUGAUGAGAAGGUUAGAGGACCUAAAAGUAACAAGGAAUUAAUUCUGCCUCUAUUUCAGAGUGUAUGGAGUGGUUUUGUGCUGGACCACACAUUAAUGGAAGUGAUAUAAGGGACUUAGUACAGGAGCAUUGAAAAGCAACGUGUAGCUUUGUAAUACAUGCUUGCUGAGUGCUCCCUUAGACGGAGAAGUAUUUGGGUACAGAUGCAUGGCGUAGGGUAACAUAUUUUGUUUCCGUGUAACAGAGAGGAACAUUCUGAUAUACAGGGAAGACAUUAACCCUUAAAUGACAUACUCCUUAGUAGACGUGUAGUAGGCUACGCUGUGAUCAUUUAAGCCUCAUGGGCUUAAAUGGAAGCAGUGUUGUAGAUGGCUUUGACUGGCUGUAGGUUAGGUCUAUCUGGAUGCCACUUAUGGUAAAGAACAAAAGUAUCAUACAGUAUUGAGUUGACUAUAUAAUAUUCUUACACACAUGAGGCAUACCUAAUAGUAGAGAAAACUUGUGCAAUAGCCUAUGUUGGUUCCAUAAGCCAUGAAAUGUGUCUGCUUUUUUCUUGAUGUUGCAUUGUUGGUUAUGGUUGAGUAUCUUUUGGGACCAACUUGAUGACUGCUGGCAUGCUUGUUAGUGAACUUAUAUGUCUGGGAGGUAUUACAGUUUGCCAUUUUGUGUAGUUGAAUUACUUUUGACAAUAUGUUAAUACAACAUUAAUUAUAUCAUUGGGCAACCUAAAGUCAUUGGUUGUUUGUAGUCUCAGGUUUAUUUAUGUAUUUAUAUUGAAUUAGUAAAACAUGUUUUUUGUUCUUUAUUAUUUGAAUUAUUAAUGUAGCCAUUUUAAAACACAUGGGCCUAUCUAAAACUGGAGAGACACUAUCUUACACCCACCAUGCCCCUGAAAAACAUAUCUGAGUAGCACGAAGUAUGAUGACAGCUGAUUACAACUUUGGAAAACAAUAGGAUAUUUGUUCCCCAUCCUCACUGUGCAUGUGGGCAGGGUGGUUGGGAACAGUAAAACUGGUUAAUCAAAUUAUGCAAACGGCCAAAAAACCAACAGGACUGUUCAGUAGAAAAGUUGUCAGUGUGGAUCUAUACUCAUUUCUGCCUUGAUUAAUCAUGUUGUUUAUCCAGCUGUGUAUGUAAAAGUUUUAUGCUGAAUAUGUGUGACAAAAAAAGUAUAAAGUAUGUAUGUAGGCUAUUCUAUUCAUAAUUCACAGAGCAGCUGACAUGGCUUGAGUGUAGGCCUAAUUUCUUCAACAUCCAUAUCCUCUCUCACCUGUCAAGCAAAAAUGUAAAUAAAGAACAAGAUUAAGAAUGAA